CAGAACCUAAGCGAAGCAGAACGUGAAAUCUCAAGGUCAACUGAGCAUAGUUGUGGCUAGACAAUGUCUUCGUCUUGUUGAUUAAUGGUCGCAAAGCUUUGGGCAUUUCAAUCGCUGUAUGAUGGACACCGAUAUGAAACUUCAAGCGGAAGAUCCAUGGGUUUGUCCAAAUGACAGGGAAUUAGGGCUCCGUGCAAAGCUUGAUAGUGGUUGGUCAUUUUACACAAACCGACAUCAGGCAGGAAAACGUUUGCCAAUAAAAAAGGAAGAAAUUUGCAUUAUUGAAGGCAUCAUUAAAAAAGCAGAAGAAGUCACAUUAAGAGAGGAAUUUAGAAUUGGGAGACUUGUUGAUCGUCUAGAAAAUAUCAAGAAUAAUGCACAGGGUAAUGGAAUUACCACAUGUUUACUGUGCAAUGAAAAAUUUGGGAAAAUAACAGCAACACCAAUAAAAUGCAGCAUUUGUGAAAAGGCUGCCUGUGCAAAGUGUGGUGUUGACACCAUGAGCAGUGCAAAUGAGCCAAUUUUUCUUUGCAAACUUUGCAAUGAACAAAGAGAGUUUUGGAAGAAAUCUGGUGCUUGGUUUUUCAGACAAUUGCCGAAGCAUGAAUUGCCUCCAGCGAGGGAGCGACAGUAUAUGUCAUCGGGGAGUUUUAUUGUCCCGACUCCGGAAUUGAAAAACAAAAAAGAAAGUGUUGCAAGCGAACUGUACUCCGAUUCAGAUGUGGAAUCUUAUAGUUCCUCCGAAGAUUUGGUCGAAGAUCACAGAAGACGAAAAUCUUUGGGUCAAACUGUUGGCAAGGACAAGCCACAAGCUAGCGACGGCUUGCAUGAAAAACCUAAAUAUGAAAGUGACGUGGAUGAGAAUGACUCUGACUAUAACGGCUUGCAACGUUCAUCAGCCCUGACUGCGAAUGAUUUCAGUCGACGUAGAGAGGAAGCUCCUGAUCGCGGCUCUCAGCGAAGUGCUAACGAUACGUCGGAUGGUGAACCGGAAUCCAAAAACAGCAUGAUAUUACGCCACAGUCCAUUGCUUGUUCGUAAAAACAAACGGCCGAGUAACCAUAGCAACCAUAGCAUUCAUAGCGGAGGAAGCGAUGGUUCUUUGUCGAGUGACGCGGUGUCUGAUCAGAACUCAGGUCGGCUGCAUCCUCCUAAAGAUCAUAAAGAUGGUUCAAACGGCCUGAGUAAUUCAAAGGAAGAAUUGAAAGGUCCACUUGGCGUUCUAGAGUUUACUGUCAACUAUAUAAAAGAUGAUAGACGUUUGGAAGUGCAUAUUCAUCAUGGCAAGGGAUUACGAGCCAUGGAUUCUUCCGGUUUUUCUGAUCCUUAUGUAAAAGUUCAUCUUUUACCUGGAGCUAAAAGGGGUAACAAAACUCGCACUCAAACAAUUAAGAAAACCUUGGAUCCAGUGUUCAACGAAACGUUGACGUACCAUGGAAUUACAGAAGAAGAUAUGAAGAACAAAACUUUGAGGUUACAAGUGCUUGAUGAAGACAAGCUGGCUAGAAAUGACUUCAUUGGAGAAAUCAAACUACCAUUGACGGCUGUGCUCCUCACCAACAACAGAAGAAUGCAAAAAAUACUGCAGCCAAAAUCCGAGGAUAAAGCGGACGCUGCUUCUCCUGGUGAGUUUCUUGGCCGUAUUUACAUCUCCUUGCGUUACGUUUCAAAAGACAGCAAGCUUGUUGUUGGUAUAAUUCGUUGCUCCAGUUUGGCUGCAAUGGAUGUAAAUGGUUACUCUGAUCCAUAUGUGAAAUGUUACUUACUACCAGAUCCGAACAAGAAGUCGAAACAACGAACAAAAACUAAAAAGCGUAACCUCAAUCCGGAAUUCAACGAGCACUUUUCGUACAAAAUUGCCCCGAAUGAUUUGGCAAGUUGCACUCUGGAAAUAACAGUCUGGGAUGAAGAUUUUGGAAAACCUAACGAAUUUAUUGGUGGUAUUCACCUGGGAGUUAAAUCGCAGGGUCAGCUGCUGAAACAAUGGUUUGAGACACUUAAAUAUCACAAUAAGGAAUCCAAGUAUUGGCACUCACUCACAAAAGAUAUAACAUUGAAUGAAGCCGAAUAACGAUUUUAUGUUCGAGCUAACGUCUUGCUCUUUGCUUUUUCUGUCCCGAAUUUAUUUAUGCGAGACACUAAAAGC